GUCGAUCUCCAUGAUAACAACAUAUCAACUUUAUCCCGGUGGUAAAGAUACUUGAUGACAUACGAACAGAAAGAGAGAACGGCCCCUAACACCGGCAAAGAAUUUAUCAUCCUACCACUAGAACUAAUCGAAGAAAUAACAUCCUUAUUGAAGCCCACUGACUUAUGCGCCAUACGGCCAACAUGCAAGGCCCUCAGCGCAAGGGCCUUCACUCGAACUGUCUUUGGCACAGCCAUGGAAUGUUUCAUGACACUAAUCUAGAAAUUCUAAUAAAUCUCCGGGCCCUCACUUUAAGAGCCAUGACGCUCGCGACAGAUCAGAAUCAACUGAGACAGAUGUUUUUGACUUUAAGUACCAGCUUCCCUGCUCUCGAGACGGUGAUAUUUGAUGAGCUGCGGUCUGGCUGGACUAGAUAUAACUAUGUUGAAUUUCCUGUGAUCCCUGAAGGCGCGAGUGACGACGAUUCGGUGGGUUUGAUUGCUGGGUUCGAGCCCAUAGCAUAUGAUAAAUUGGAGGGGCAGUGCAGGGAGUCGGUCGUGAGUUACUCGGGCCCGGGGAUUUAUGAUGCUUUGGGUAUUCUUGCAAAGACGGGGAAGAUAAGGCCAUGGUGAAGGGGAGAUGAAGAGAGAAAUAUGGGCGUGCAAAGGCUGAGCUAUUCAUGUAGAGCUACUGGAACUAUUGAAUAGCUGUGUUUGAAUAAUAAAAAAGAUAAUAUAGCCGCAGAUCUUGAGAUGAUCUAGGCUUGGGUCUACUGUAGCACUAAGAUGUUAUACGACCAUUCUGGGC